GUUGAUAAAUCGACCGCGUCGCGAGAAACCGCCCACUGUAAAGCUCCCAAUUUCAUUCAUUUCCUAAUGCUUCAUUGCUCAUUUCUACGCGUUAUACCUAUCAAAAAUGCUUCAAAACGAUUAAUUAUUGUCAGAAGUUUAACGUCGGCGCCGGCGAAAACCAGUGAGGCGGAAAAACAACAAGAUUCGCUGAAAAAUAUCGAUGCUGGCGAGAAAUACACGGCUCUCGGAAAUAUUCGGCAGAAAAAGGAUGUUUUUCACUACACAGACAGAGCAAGCGGCGUUGGAUAUUCCCAUUACUCCAGUUCAGUUUAUCAGCACCGCCCGUAUAUUUGGCCACCGCUCAGAAAGCUGUACCAUUGGAAUUAUGCCUUGGUGAUCGCUGGAAUGGUUAUCCUGAUGAGUGAUUUCGAAUGGCUCAAGGAUCAGAUCAAGAGCGCAUCGUUGCCGUUCCGUCCAGAAGCAUCACAAAAAGAAGUGAGCUGCUCCUGCUAGUUCACCUAAUACCAGCUUGUGUGUUGUGAUUUCAAGAUAAAAAUAGAAGUCACUGAAAGCAAUGGUGAAGUAGAGGAAGUCAAAGAAAAGCCAAAGAAGAAGAAACUGGGAUUCAGAGAGCGAAGAAUCAUAGAAUAUGAAGACAGAUUGAGGCUUUAUUCCACUCCGGAUAAGAUUUUCAGAUACUUUGCGACCCUGAAAAUCAUCGAUCCUAACGAAGACAGUGGACGCUUUGAAGUUUUCAUGACUCCUGAGGAUUUUCUCCGUUCUUUCACUCCGGGUGUGAUGCAGCCGAGACGUUGGGGGCUUGAUAGUUUUAAAAACUAUAAUCCUGAGAAGCAUAAACGUCACAAGUUCUCCGACCCUGACAGUAUUUUUUACAAGCUCGGCGAGAACGGUCUCAUAAACUUCAGUGAUUAUCUGUUUCUCAUGACUCUGCUCUCAACCUCUCACGCGGAUUUCGCUCUCGCAUUCAAAAUCUUCGAUGUAGAUGGGAACGGUGCGCUGGAUAAAGAAGAAUUCACAAAAGUUCAACAGCUUAUUAUGUCCCAAACAACUGUAGGACAGCGUCAUCGAGAUCAUAUAACGCCAAACCAGUCGUUCCGUGUCGAGACAAACUCCGCUCUCGAAACAUAUUUCUUUGGAAAAGACGGAAAGGGGAGCUUGUCGUCUGAAAAAUUUAUCGAGUUUCAAGAGCGUCUACAACACGACAUUUUAAAGAUGGAAUUUGAACGGAGAGAUGCACUGGAUAACCCGGAUGGACUUAUCAACGAAGAUAGUUUUGCUCAACUUCUCCUUCUUCAUGCUCAAAUUAAUGAGAAGAAACAGAAGCAUAUGUUGAAGCGGGUUAAACGAAGAUUUAAAGGAGAAAAUUUGAAAGGAAUCAGUUUUGGAGAGACGAAAGCAUUUUUCGAGUUUUUGUAUCACAUUGACGAUGUAGAUAUUGCUCUACACUUUCAUAAAAUGGCUGGAAUGUCGAUAGAUGCGAAGCUACUUCAACGAGUUGCGGUCAAAGUGACUGGAAUACCUCUAUCGGAUCACGUUGUGGAUGUGGUGAUUACUUUGUUCGAUGACAAUUUGGAUGGAAAAUUAUCACAUGAAGAAAUGGUUGCUGUGAUGAGGAGAAGAAUGCGUAGAGGUUUAGAGCGACCAAGAGAUACUGGACUUUUCCGUUUGUUUGAUGCAGUUCUGGAAUGUGGAAAACGAGCUUAUCACGCCAGUCCUCUUCCAUUUUAUUAGUGGUGCCCAUGGCCACUGUAAAUACUUGUUUAUAAAUAAAGCUUUUCAUUCUU